UCUAAUCGAAUUAUAAUCUUGUAAACAAAAUCCCUAAUCUAAUUCACACUAUUUAUACAUCACAUUUCGAUUUUCCCCCUAAAGAAGUUCAUCAAUUAAACCAACGAUCAACGGUAUUCCAAAAUAAAUAAAGGGACUGAAUUCUGGGCUCUGCUACAGCUCCAUACGCAUGUUAACCAUUGAAUCAGAAUAUCCGUAAUUAUUGGACCUCGUCUUAAAGAAGAUAACAUGGACAGCUCAUUAAUUCCGCCUGGUUUUGAGGCAUUUGCCUCUCUCUAUCUGGCAAAGAUGGAGGGUGAUCAAGCCAGUAAUUGCGCAAGUUCCGCCAACCCUUCUAUGGCAGAAAAUAUCCAGUUAGGAACACAAUGUAACAAUACAAACACCAGCAUGUCUAUUAGGCAUAUAUCAUUGAUAAAGCAGAAUCAGCUUGAUAGCAGUUCAAGUGAUCAAAUUGAAUUAGAACAGGAAAACUUUUCCAGGAAUUGGUUGCCAAAAGGGGUUCUUCGAGGGUGUGAAGCAUGUGAGAACUGCCAAAAGGUUAUUGCAAAAUGGCGUCCAGAAGAAGCUCGAAGGCCUGAUAUUGAGGAUGCUCCUGUAUUUUAUCCUUCCGAAGAGGAGUUUGAGGAUACCAUAAAAUACAUUGCAAGUAUACGCUCUAAGGCAGAGAUGUAUGGGAUCUGUCGCAUAGUACCACCUCCAUCAUGGAACCCUCCUUGCCCUCUGAAGGAAAAGAACAUAUGGGAAAGGUCUAAAUUUACGACACGAAUCCAGCAGUUAGACAAACUUCAGAAUCGGGAAUCGAUGAUGCAGAAGUUUCUAGUCAAACAUGACAAGAGAAAAAAGAGAAAAUGCCUAAGAAGAGGAGCCGAUCAUGCAAAUGGUAUUCAGGAUACUAAAACUUCAGACAAUGCCGAGCAAUUUGGAUUUGAGCCUGGUCCAGAUUUUACUCUGGAUGAGUUUCAGAAGUAUGAUGAUGAUUUUAUGGCCCAAUACUUCUGGAAAAAUAAUAAUAGUUCAAGUUUAGGAGAUAGCAGUUCUACACUUGACGAGCAGUGGCACCCUACAAUACAAGAAAUUGAGGGAGAAUAUUGGCGGAUUUUAGAGAGACCAACAGAAGAAAUUGAGGUGCUUUACGGGGCUGACCUGGAAACUGGAGCAUUUGGCAGUGGGUUUCCUAAACAUUCCCAUCAAGUUGCUUCUGCUUCAGACACAAAGUACAUUAAUUCAGGAUGGAACUUGAAUAACUUCCCAAGACUUCCUGGUUCUGUUCUAGCAUUUGAAAACAAUGAAAUAUCUGGUGUUGUGGUUCCUUGGUUGUAUAUAGGAAUGUGUUUUUCUUCAUUUUGCUGGCAUGUAGAGGACCAUCACAUGUACUCCUUGAAUUACAUGCAUUUGGGAGCUCCGAAAAUGUGGUAUGGAGUUCCAGGAUCAGAUGCUACGAAACUGGAGGCAGCUAUGAGAAAACAUUUACCGGACCUCUUCGCAGAACAGCCUGACUUGCUUCAUAAGCUGGUUACCCAACUAUCACCUUCAAUCCUAAGCUCUGAAGGGGUGCCUGUUUAUCGGUGCGUGCAGAAUCCAGGAGAAUAUAUACUGACCUUCCCUCGAGCAUAUCAUGCUGGAUUCAACUGUGGUUUUAACUGCGCUGAGGCAGUUAAUAUCGCACCUGUUGACUGGUUGCCGCAUGGACAUAAAGCUAUUGAGCUGUACCGCGAGCAAGGCAGACGAAGUUCCAUUUCACAUGAUAAACUAUUGCUUGGUGCAGCUAGAGAAGCUGUAAAAGAAAAUUGGCAGCAUAAUUUUUUGAAGAAGCACAAAUCAAAUAAUUUAAGAUGGAACGAAGCUUGCGGAAAGGAUGGCUUCUUAUCAAAAGCACUCAAGACUCGUGUUGACAUGGAGCAUAAAUGGAGGGAACUCCUUAGCAAAUCCUCAAAGGCACUGAAGAUGGAGAGCUCCUUUGAUGCUAAUUGUGAGAGGGAAUGCAGUGUCUGCCUCUUCGAUCUACACCUAUCUGCUGCAGGUUGCCACCAGUGUUCACCGGAUAAAUAUGCAUGCUUGACUCAUGCCAAACAGUUGUGUUCGUGCUCAUGGAGUGCCAAGUUUUUCCUUUUUCGUUAUGACAUUAUGGAAUUGAAUCUAUUAGUUGAAGCUUUGGAGGGGAAACUAAGUGCAGUAUAUCGAUGGGCAAGGCUUGAUAUGGGCCUCGCUCUCACCUCUCAUAUUGCAGAAAGCAAGCAAGUUGCAUCUCAAGAGUCAGCUCAAGAAGUGAUAAGUUCAGCACCGAGUGCAAUUUCUUCAGAGGAGCAGAAAAGGAAAGCGCCCGAAGGCUCUUCUAGUUCAGCGAAGUAUGUGGGCAGCAUUGGCUCGUCUAAGAAUGUGGAACCGCCUAGUUCAGCACCGAGUGCAAUUUCUUCAGAGGAGCAGAAAAAGAAAGCGCUUAGAGGCUCUUCUAGUUCAGCGAAGUAUGUGGGCAGCAUUGGCUCGUCUAAGAAUUUGGAACCGCCUAGUUCAGCACCGAGUGCAAUUUCUUCAGAGGAGCAGAAAAGGAAAGUGCCUAGAGGCUCUUCUAGUUCAAAGAAGUAUAUGGGCAGCAUUGGAUCGUCUAUGAAUGAGGAACUGCCUUUUGUAGUAUUGGCUUUACCAUGUGUGCAAAGAGCAACCCGUUUUAAAAUUAAAUCAACUACAUCUAAAAGUUCGUGCAAAAAAGAAAACUCUUUGCAGUCCCCUCCUGGAUUUGAAGUGCAGUCAUGUCAGGCUAUUCGACCCAAUAAUCCCGCGAAAGUGUCCCCAGGAGCUUCGGAUAAGUCUGAGGAGAAGCAGCCAUCACUUAUGGGACACAAGGAUGUCAUACUACUGAGUGAUGAUGAAGAAGACGGACCACCCUGUAAAAAGACGUGUGUCGUAAGGGGGACUGUUCAAAAGGAUACAAUAGGUACUCAGAAGCCAGUUUUUUCCGAUAGUAUGACAAAGUUAGAUAGUUGCAUUGAUAAACCAGCCUCCGCAGCCACUGUUACUCUUCCUUCUGAUGUAUGCAUUCCUAGUUCAACGCGUGUUAAAGUUGAGGAGCUCACUGAGUCUGAAAGUUCUGUAGGAAGCAACCCUCCAACAAGUUCUUGUGUUAACAUUUCACAGAUGGAUACCGAUUCCAACAAAAUUGUAGGGAGGAACAAAGAGACGAAUGAUUUUGAUGAGGCAAACCAUAAUCCCCAACAAAUUGAUGACGAGAAAGUGAAAGAGUUGAGAUCUGUAGAUAACAUACUUACUGUAUCAAACCCAUCGAGCCAUCAACAUAGCAUGGAUGGGCUCCCUCGCCAGAAGCGCCCUCGUAUUGCAAAAGUUAUCAGGAGAGUCAGUUGCAAUGUUGAGCCUUUGGACUUUGGAGCUGCGCAUGGUGCAAAGUUGUGGUGUGAUAGUAAUUCAAUUUACCCAAAAGGAUUUAGGAGUAGAGUGAGGUACAUAGAUGUUACUGAUCCAACCAAUAUGUGUUAUUACAUCUCUGAAAUCCUAGAUGCUGGGAAGGAUCGACCUUUAUUUAUGGUGUCGUUGGAGACCGAUCCUAGUGAAGUAUUUGUCCAUGUCUCAGCUGGUAAAUGCUGGGAACUGGUUCGGGAGCGAGUAAAUCAUGAGAUUGCCAAGCAACAUAAGCUCGGAAAGGGGAAGCUCCCAACUCUGCAGCCUCCUGGGAGUGUCGAUGGCAUGCAAAUGUUUGGAUUUUCAUCGCCAGAAAUCAUGCAGGCCAUCCAGGCUAAGGACCGCGAUCGAGUUUGCCAAGAAUACUGGCAAUCGCAAUCGCAAUCACUGAUGCAGAUUCCUUCACAGCACAGAGACCAAUAGACAGCCUCAUGGGCAUGCCCUUGGCCCACGGGGCCGUUGAGAGAACACUCACAGAAAGCAAACGCCGAGGAGGUUCGUGCACUUAACAUUUGCUUGCACAGUAGCAUCUUGACUGAACUUAGCAGGAUUCUUAGUGAAAAGGAUUAAAAGUACACAAAGAUAGAAGAAAAAAAAAAACUUUCAAAAAAAAACUUUCCAGCCAUAUAUUUUUGUAAAUGUGGGGCUGCAUUUUUUGGUUACUUAUAUUAUGAGUAGUAGUACUACAUUCUUUUUUUGACAUUGGAAAGUUUUGAACAUUUUAUAAUUAAAUAGUUUCUCAAA